CACGGCCACACCACACCCAGCUGUCCCCAUCGCGCGCACACUCUCUCGGUCUCUCCCUCCCAGUCCCAGCGUUUGCGGUCCAGUCCAGAGAGCUCGAGCAGCCAUGGCGGCUCCCCUGUUCCUCCUCCUCCUGCUGCUGGCUAUGUUCACAGGCUCAGACGCGGCGUUCUGCGUGUGCAAGACGGGCGUGCCCGACCAGGCGAUGCAGGCGGCGAUCGACUACGCCUGCGCCAAGGGGGCCGACUGCGCCUCCGCCUCCAAGGGCGCGCCCUGCUACGGCAACGGCAACAAGGUGGCCGUCUGCUCCUACAUCUGCAACAGCUACUACCAGAGCCGCAGCGCCACGGGCGCCACCUGCGACUUCAACGGCGUCGCCACGCUCACCGGCACCGACCCCAGCUCCGGCACCUGCAAGUUCGCCUCCGGCCCCAGCAGCGCAGGCACCGGCGGUGGCAUGGGCGCUGGCGCGGGUACCGGCGGUGGCAUGGGCGCUGGCACCGGCGCCGGGACAGGCGUUGGCACCGGAGCAGGCACGGGCAUGGGCACCGGGACGGGGACCAGCACCGGCACCGGCGCCGGCGCAGGGGUCGCGACCCCCGGGAGCGCCCUGAGCCCACCGUUCGGCGGCACUGGCGCGUACGGCCCGUCAGGGGCAGGCAGCACGGACUACAACGACGCCGUCGCCCCGCGCGCCGCCGGGCUGCACGUGGUGGCUGCCCUCGCUCUCGCCGUCGCCGUCGCCGCACCUCUCCACCGCUAGGGGCGGUGCCAUGGCAACUGGGAGCUGGCGGGCACGACACUCGCAGACGGGAUCCCGCCUCGGCGGCCCGCCAGCGCGGGCUCUGGUCGAUGUCCGGCGUUAGUGCGUGCGCGUACCUGAUGAAGUGAUGAUGGGUUUUGAUCGACCAGCCGUCAGCGUAGUGCGGUCACGGGGUUUACAGUGUUAUUCGAACUGACCUCUCUGCUUCCUCGUGCUAGUAGUGGUGGCUGCCAUGUGUGUGUGCUGCUGGUAGAGAACUAGGGAUUCUUUUUUUUUCUUCUGUCGCUUCCUUGCUUAUAUGUCCCGUCGUGUUAGGCUGUGUUUACUAUGCAGUGUUUGGUGGUGGCCGCUUUCCA